GGCUACUUAUAUAUUCGCGUCGUGAAAUUGAUCAAGAAAAGACCUUAUUCAAUUCCAAAAUGUCAAAACAUCAUUCCGAUUUGAUUUUAUGUCGUCGGCAACCUGGAAUUACAGUAGGAAAACUUUGUGAACGUUGUGAUGACAAGUGCCCAAUAUGCGACUCUCAUGUUCGUCCAACCACACUAGUUCGAAUUUGUGAUGAAUGUGCCUUUGGUAGUGCUCAAGAUCGUUGUAUUAUAUGUGGUGCUCCUGGUGUCUCUGAUUGCUAUUACUGUGCUGAAUGCACGCGUAUGGAAUAUGAUCGUGAUGGGUGUCCAAGGGUAAUUAAUCUUGGUACAAGUCGGACAGACUGGUUCUAUGAACGGAAAAAAUACAAAAUUGCAGGGAAAGAAAUGCCGGGGCCGAUGUACUGAUAUUUCAUUUAUAUUUCGCUUCUUUCUACACUUUCACAUUUUAGAUUCCACUGCUUUGUAAUUUACAUGAGAAAAAAAUUGGUUAUAAUAUAAAAAAAAAGGUUUGGCUAUAUUUAUUGAUAAUAAUCUUUGAUUAAAUAGAAUACUUAAUUGAACCCGUAACUACAUCAACAAAAGAAUGUCGGUUUCUAUAUGUUUAUAGUUUUUCUCAUAAAUUUACUCAUUACUACUA